GUUUGACAUAAGUCCGGGUGUAUUUUUCCUUUUCCCAAAAACAAGAGCCGGAGUUCUUCUUAUGCCCUCGUUUCUUUCUCCUUCGUCCCGCUUCUCAUUUCUUCCACCUCAUCUCGUUCUUUCUUCUUCCUCGCCGGGAAAACUAAGCCGCCGCCGGAGCUACCCAAAUCAGCCUACGAUUUCAGUUCCAAAGAAAACCUUUUCUACAAUUCAUCUCUUCGAAACUGUAUAAUUUUCUCUCACAGUUUUUGCCGAAGCAAAAGUUCACCUUUCUUCGCCGGAUUUUCAGUGCUGCCGUCGCCAUUCGGGUGAACUAGAUUUACCGCUUUCAAUGGCUUGCUGAUUUCGGUCCAAGAAGGGAAUUGGAAUUUGAGCCUUCGAUAAUAAGGGUUUGCUUGGAGGCAUGCAAUCUAUCUGUAGAAAUGCCCAAAGGGCAGGGAGUCAAACAAUCAACUACUGGAAGCUGGUUGAUUUUAAAGCAUUGAGGGAUAGUUUGAGAUGUUCUUCUGAUUCAAUUAUGAAGACCAAAUUUGACACCAAAAGUGGCUUCUUGAUGCCAUUCCGAAAUAUUGGCUCUUCUCAAGCAGCCAAGCCCUUCUCUGGGCCGACGUUGUCUGUAGCUCAACUAGCAAAUGUUAGAUCACCUCAGAGGUGCUUCUCAGCCAUGGGAAAUGCUGGUGUUACUGUUCACCCGAACACCUCUGUGGCUAUGUCUGAUGCACCUCAACGCAUAAAAAUGAAGAGGCUUGAUAAAACUGGAAGGCACAUAAUGCAGAUUCUCGAUAAAGAAGCUGUUGAGGAAGUGAAGUCUAAGAGAGAGAUUCCCGAUAUCAGACCUGGUUAUUUUGUGCAACUUAAAGUGGAAGUACCUGAGAACAAAAGACGUGUUUCGACAGUUAAAGGUGUAGUAAUAGCGAGGCGUAAUGCUGGUCUUAAUACCACUUUCAGAUUGAGAAGAUCAGAAGCUGGAGUUGGAUUUGAAUCACUCUUUCCUCUGUAAGUUUCUUUGGGAAUUUAAUUGACAUUGGAUCUUGAUGCCCCAAUAGUGUGCUAGCAUGUGGAGAUGCACAACUGCCUGUGAUUUCCGGUUUUCCCCUGGUUUGCCUGAAGACAUUUUCCCAUUGCUGGUUGAAUAGAGAAAUUAUAUAGCAUCGAUAAAUUUCAUCCUGCUACAUGAAGUGGUUAAUAAUUCUUGGCAGUGAACUUUCUACUUCAUGAGUCCUUCGUGUAUGUAUUGCCUUUUUGUCUGGAGUUGAAACUCUUAAUUGACUUAGCUCCUUAUGCAGUUGUAAGGUUACAUAAUCAUUAUUUGGCUCAUGUGCAUUGCAUGCUAUUCACUUUGGGUUCACUUUGAGAUGGUUGAGCAUGCAUCAAUCCAUUUUCGUUGUAAUCGCUACUUAUUUGUUGCUGUGGUGCUUGUGUUGAUGUUUGAAUCAAAUGUUUUGGAUCAGGUACUCGCCAAACAUUAAGGAGAUAAAGAUCCUGGACAAGAAGAAAGUUAGGAGGGCCAAGCUCUACUAUCUAAGGGAUAAAAUGAAUGCUAUGACUGCGUUGAAGAAAAAAAGAAAAUAGCUUGCUGUUUCAGUUUAGGUAUGGGAAGCAGCACUGAUUACUGGAUUAGUUUGGCAUUUUUGUAAUGUUCUAACAGUAAGAGCUUGUUGCUAUAUUGUUUUUGCAGAGCUUAGUUUUGAUUUUGUAACAGUUUUAAGUGAAAUAAAUGUAAUUUUGUUUGGAUUUGAAGAAACGAAAACUGCCUAGGCAGUAUGAUUUAAUUUGACUGAAUGAUAACCAUGAGAGAGAUUUCGAAGAAAAAUAUUUCUUAAAUUUUACUUCAUAC